GUCAUCGACUUAGAUUUUUAUGUGAUUAGAGAGUUUCCGGAUUUUUUCCUCAAUGAUGAAAAAUGAAGAAAUGCUAGUGGCUGAGAUGUCACUGAAAUAAAGUGUAAUGCAUCUUGACAACCAGCUGGAAAUGAGUGGGUCUGAGAUAAUACACCUAAAUGUAGGUGGCGCCGUUUACACUACGACAAGAUCUACAUUGUGCAGAUAUCCAGAUUCAAUGUUAGGAGCCAUGUUUAGAGGAGACAUUCCCUCAAGGCUAGAUCUGAAUGGACAUUAUUUUAUAGAUAGAGAUGGGGAAAUUUUUAAAUAUAUAUUGAAUUUUCUCCGAUCUUCAAAACUAAGUUUGCCAAAUGAUUUCAAAGAUUACGACUUACUGUUAAGUGAGGCUGACUUUUACCAGAUUAGUCCGUUGAUAGAGUUAGUUAUACAGACACAAGAUGACUCCUCACAAAAUAAAUCUCAUACUCAUUACUUAGAAAUUAUAGAGGUUAGGAUAGGUACAACUGCAACAAUGCCGUCCAAAAACUCACGAGUAAAAACAAUAAUGAUAGGAAGGAAAGAUGUCAUUUUGUCAUUACCCAUACAGUUGAUAGGUGAGGAUGCCAUUGAACGCCUGGACACAACCAAUGGUAUGGAUUAUGUAGAACUAGAGUUGAACAGUGCGAACAUCAGAUUGAGGCUGGCAGAAACACUGAAAAACAGUAACUGGGAACUAGUUCAUUCUAACUUGUCAUCGUCAUCAUCAGUCAAGAGUGCCAAUGGUGGAUCCCUGUGUAUAGAACAAACUUAUAGAGAUCGUUGGAUGUUAAAUCUGCCAAAAAUAAAAAAGUUUGUAACAUACAUGUAGAUCUUUUUCCAUUUACUCAUAUUGUGAUAAAAAGUGCUCCUUUGCCUUGCAUGCUACACAGGUAAAAUAUCAGUGGUGGAUCCAAAAGGGGGGAUGUUUCAGGGGUUGAAAGCCCCAUUUUGUUUUGAGGAUCAACACAUUCGAAUAGGGACAUAGGGUUGGAACCUGUUUCAUGGUCAUGUUUACAGUGUAAUUGGUGGUGAAUCAGAGAUCUCAAAGAGAACUCUAAUCUAAGGCAAGUUAGCAAUCCUAGUCAACUCAGAUCAAAGUUGAUGGCACCUUACUGCGAGAUGCACAACAUUAGUCACUAGAGUAGGACUAAUCAGAGCAUAAUGUUUUGGUGUAUAUGAUGUUAAUUGACAUACUGGUAUGAUACUGCUUUAUUCCAAUCUAUAAUUUGACUCACUCAGAAUUACCUCCCUUUGAAUGUUAGAUUAUUAAAUCCAUUCCACUAAGAAAUAUAUUGCUUUAGAACAGACAUUCAGUCAUGUGAAUGUGCCAAGAACAUGUACUGCAAAGGAGCAUUAUACUUUUGUGUUGUGUGGUUGGAUUUGUUGAGUUUUAUUUAUUUUUAUCUUUGUUGUGUUUGAUAGUUUUAAGAGUAUUUAUAAGAUGUUAUACUUUUUGAAGUGGAUUUUUAUUUAUUUUGAUGUAUUGUAAUUUUAAGUACAUACACAAAUUCAUCCAAACUUGUUAAGAAAUGAUUUUAUUUCAGUAUUAAUUUCUGUAAAGAAUGUUCAUCUUAUCAUUUUUUGUAUAAGUUCAUAUAAUUGUGGCAGCAUAUCACAUAUUGUCAUUGGUUGAUUAUGAUAGUAACACAAAUUACACAUUGGGUUAGUUCCCAAAGUAUCUUAUAUUGGGUUAGUCACAAAAAUAUACAUAUUGAGUUAGUCACAACAUGCACAAUGAUACAUAAAUUGGGUUAGUCACAAAAAAUAAAAUUUAAACAUGGGGUUAAUCUUAAAAAAAAAGUGACAUAAAUUGGGUAGGUAAAAAAAAUCACACUUUGCAUUAAUCACAAAAAUGUCACAUAUUGGACUAGUCCCAAAAAAGACAUAUUUGUUUGUUAAUAAAAAAAUGACAAAUUGGGUUAAUCACAAAAGUGGCACAUAUAUUUUGGGUUAUUCACAAAAAUGACACAUAAAAGCUGGUAAAUAUGUUAAUAGAAAAAAAGUAGAAAUUCAAAUGUUCAAUGUUUUUAAAGGUCUUGCAUAUUAGCUGAUACAAAGGGAUACUAAGGAAUACAUGACAUCAACUUUGGAAUCUGUUAGUCACAGUUAGUCACAGUAAACAGUUAGUGCUACUUUAGAAAUCUCUGCUUAGUUGGAUUACCUAAUUACCAUUUAUUUUUUAUCUACAUAAAAAAAACCUGGUAUUUGGUUUGUCCUAUUUAGCCAUUCUAAAAAUCUGUGCUAUUCAUUGACAUAUAUGUGAGGGCCUCAGGGAAGAUAAGUUUAUUGUAGCUAACUGAGUUUCCCUCUUUAUUAAAAUAAGGAAUUUAUUAUUAUAAUAACAGAAAAAAAAUGACUUACGGAACAUAUAAAAUACUGCCCCUAUAUAUAUAUCCUACUGUAAGAUCUAGUGUACCUUGUGGCUUCACUUUUUAUACGACCGCAAAAUUUGAAAAAAAUUUCGUGGUAUAUUGCUAUACGCCGUCGUCGUCGUCGUCGUCUGCGUUGUCCGAAUACUUUUAGUUUUCGCACUCUAACUUUAGUAAAAGUGAAUAGAAAUCUAUGAAAUUAUAACACAAGGUUUAUGACCACAAAAGGAAGGCUGGGAUUGAUUUUGGGAGUUUUGGUCCCAAAAUUUUAGGAAUAAGGGGCCAAAAAGGGCCCAAAUAAGCAUUUUCUUGGUUUUCGCACUAUAACCUUAGUUUAAGUAAAUAGAAAUCUAUGAAAUUUUGACACAAGGUUUAUGACCACAAAAGGAAGGUUGGGAUUGAUUUUGGGAGUUUUUGUUUUAACUGUUUAGGAAUAAGGGGCCACAAAAGGGCCUAUAAGCAUUAUUCUUGGUUUUUGCACAAUAACUUCAGUAUAAGUGAAUAGAAAUCAAUUAAAUUUAAACACAAGGUUUAUGAACACAAAAGGAAGGUUGGGAUUGAUUUGAGUUUUGGUCCCAACAGUUUGGGAAUAAGGGGCCCAAAGGGCCCAAAAUUAAACUUAGUUUGAUUUUAACAAAAAAUGAAUCUUUGGGGUUCUUUGAUAUGCUGAAUCUAAAAAUGUACUUAGAUUUUUUAUUAUUGGCCCAGUUUUCAAGUUGGUCCAAAUUGGGGUCCAAAAUUAAACUUUGUUUGAUUUCAUCAAAACUUGAAUAAUUGGGGUUCUUUGAUAUGCCAAAUCUAACUGUGUUGGUAGAUUCUUAAUUUUUGGUCCCGUUUUCAAAUUGGUUUUCAUUAGGUUCAAAGGGUCCAAAAUUUAAUUAAGUAUGAUUUUAACAAAAAUUAAAUUCUUGAGCGUCUUUGAUAUGCUGAAUCUAAACAUGUACUUAGAUUUUUGAUUAUGGGCAAAGUUUUCAAGUUGGUCCAAAUCAGGAUUCAAAAUUAAUAAGUAUUGUGCAAUAGCAAGAAAUUUUCAAUUGCACAGUAUUCAGCAGUAGCAAGAAAUCUUCAAUUGUACAGUAUUGUGCAAUAGCAAGAAAUUUUCAAUUACACAGUAUUGUUCAAUAGCAAGAAAUCUUCAAUUGACAGUAUUACGCAAUAGCAAGAAAUAUCUAAUUUCACAAUAUUAUGCAAUAGCAAUCAAUUUUCAAUUGGAGUUAUCUUUCUUUGACCAGAAUAGAUAUUUGUGCAAUAGCAAGAUAUUUCCAAUAUUCUUUGUAAAUUUGAGUUAUCUUUCUUUGUCCAGAAUAGUAGUUGAAUAAACUUAAAUCAUUGUUUUAUACAAUAAUCAAUGUAUUUUCACCAUUACUACCAACUGAUAAAUUAAAACAAUCUUUACCAUUCAGUGAUAACAAGCACUUUUUUUUUUACAUUUUAAUAUUUUAUGAUGUAUUUAUAAAAUGAGCAGUUAUUGUUGCAAACUCCAUUAGAAAUUUGAAUUGAGAUCAGUUUUGGAAUAAGGGAAAGUUUUUCUCAUUUCAGAUUUCAUACAUAAAAAUAAAAUUUCUUCAAUUUUUUUUUCGAGAGGAUUAUUAUGCAACAGCAUUGUGAAUUGCUCAAAGGCAAAUUUUUUUUUAAAGUUCAUUAGACCACAUUCAUUCUGUGACAGAAACCUAUGCUGUGUCAACUAUUUAAUCACAAUCCAAAUUUCGAGCUGAAUCCAGCUUGAAUGAUGUGUCCAUACUUUCCUCAACCGUUCAGGGUUAAACCUCUGCGGUCAAAUUAAGCUGCGCCCUGUGGAGCAUCUGGUUUGUGAUAUUGUAGCUCGCAAUCUCAAUUUGUUUGCCAACCCUUUUAUGUUGUUGGCUAAUUGUUUGAUGUGUUUUAUCAUUUGAUUUUGCCAUUUGAUUAGAAACUUCCUGUUUUGAGUUCAGUAUUUUUGUGAUUUUACUUUUUUCAUACUUUUGGAGACGAAUCAUUUAACAUGUGUAUUUUAAAUUUCUCUGUCUUGAUCCGUUAGAAUUAUACAUUUCAUAUCUUGUUUAAGUAAAAAAUGUUUUUGAUGUUUUGGCAAUAAGAAUAUAUUUUAUGCUGGUCAUUCUGAAAUCUUCAACUGGUCAGAACUUUUAAGCUUUCUUCCUACCGCUUGUAGAUAAUUGAUUCAGAUUGUUGUAAAUUAGUGUUUAAUGAUGACCAACAGAUGGAAUAAGGUCCCUUAUUUAUUGACCCAGUACAGAAUUGUUUCCCUUGGGCUAAAAAUAAAUCAUAAAAAUUGUACUCAUUUGAAGUCUGAAAAUUUUGGUAAUUUUGGAGUCUAGCUUAUUUGUGUUUGGUGAUAUCUAAGAAUAUAAGAAUUUUGUAAAAAUAUUAAAAGAGCACUAGCUAGUUUUAUAAAUACAUUGAAUUCCAUUUUAAUAGUAAAAACCUUUCAUUCUGUAAAAUAUCAACAUGUUAUUUAGAAAAGGUUAUUUCUUCUGAUUUAGAUUGGAAAUAACUGAUAUAAAACACAUAUAUCAAUAACAUUAAUGUUAAAAUGGAGUCUAAUCUAUGUCAUUUAGUCUCUGGUGGAGAGUUGUCACAUUUCUAAUCGUACCAAAUCUUCCUAUUUUAAUGUGUUAUAUAAGUUAUCUCCAUGAUCAUAUUGGUAAAUGUCACACACAUAGGAUAUUCUACAGGUUUUUACUCUUUGCUGAAUGUUGAGUGAUUGCAAACAAAACAUAAGUUUAAAUAUGAAAGAAAGUUGGGUAUACAUCUGUGAGACAACAACCCAGCAACACCAUAUAUCAAUAACAACAAAAAGGUGAUACUUUAUAGGUCAACAUACUGGUUUCACUAAUAAAUAAGAGUCUUUACCACUUUUUGUCCUUAACAUGCAUGAAAUAUUUGCCUUAGUGCUUAGAAGUUGUUAUGCAUUCUUGACAUUGAUUUAUUAACUUUUGUAUAUCAUAUUUUGUUGUUUUUUUUGGUUAUUUUUUAUUUUUAUAAUUAUUUU